AUGAUAUUCGGCAAUAGUAUUGACAAGUAUAAAGUACUACCCAAUUUAAGGUUGCGAAAACAUCUUGGAUCAAGCAAAGGGUCACGAAGAGGAAAUACUGGCAAUCAUCUAGAGCUACAAGUGCUAACACAAAUCCAACACGUACCUUGAAUCAGACGUUCUGCAGCGAUUCUAACCAAACCUAGUGCAUAUUAUUCAUUUCAUUAGUAUUUUUUGGUGUUUCGGGAUAUUUACUAAAUUAACGACAAAAAAAAAUCAGCAAAAAUGGUUCAACGUGAAAAAUGUAGCCAAUUUGAUGCAUCAAAUGCCAACCAUGGAGCAGACUCAUCAUCAAAGCGAAUGGCUUUUCAGGCACCGCAGAAGCAUGUCGCUGCCACAAAAGCAUCAUCGUCGUCUUCUUCUUCUUUCAAGAACAACCUUAAUUCGGAUAGGAGCAAAAAUUCAAAUUGGGGCCCAUUCAAAGACCGAAACGACUUCGUGAAUAUGCAUUUUUGCUGAAACAUUAAAUCUACAAAAAAAAACAAAUUUCAUUAUAUUUCGAUAUAACUAACAUUUCAAUUAAAGAGAAUUCAUCAUUUCAAAAUGAUCAUAGAA